AUGAGGAACUACGAGUCUUUACAAGUAAUCACCACGAUUAUUCCUCAGGAAGACGGUGAUGGGAGCCACGUGAUAUGGACCGUCAAGUUCGAGAAUAUUACCAAUGAUCUAAGCCACCAUGCUGCGAGAAGAUCUGUUGAGUUUGACGUUAAGUCCCCAGAGGACCAAUUGUUUAAAGCUUUCAUUGACUCAUUAAAAGGCUAUGCCUACGUGGAUAUUGAUGAUGAGGAUUGGGAUAAUAACACUGCUACGAUAAGAAUGAUGGGCACUUAUAUCUCGAGGAACUACGAGUCGCUCAAUUUAACUAUCAGCAUUACUCCUAAGGAAGACGGUGCCGGUAGCCACGUGAAAUGUAGCUUCGAGUUGGGGAAGAUUCCAGACGUUCAUUAA